AUGAGUAGAUCGGGUCAAGCUCCCGAUUUGAAGAAGUACAUGGACAAGAAGUUGAGCAUAAAGCUGAACGCGAAUCGCACGGUGGUGGGGGUGCUGCGGGGCUUUGACCAGUUCAUGAACCUCGUGAUUGACAACACUGUGGAGAUGAGCGGCGACGACAGGACCGACAUCGGCAUGGUGGUGAUUCGCGGAAAUAGUGUUAUCAUGAUUGAAGCUUUAGAGAGUGGAAGCGACCUGAUCGACGCGCUCCCAGCGAGAAUCUGGCACCGCAUCUUCCACCUGCUGCUGGAGCGCCCCUGCACCGCCACCCCUCCGCACUCCGCGGGCGGCCGCUACUACUGCCGCGCGCGCAGCACGGCGCAGCGAGCAGUGGUCAAUCCCAGAGGCACCGGCGAUGCCGCCGCUGGUGGGACUGCCGGCGGCGCCGCUGAUGGUGCUGGCAGUAGUGCCCCACGGGGCGCUGAGAAUCGUGCGGCUGUGCCCGUGUUCGUUAAUCCCGGGGUGUCGCCGUGCUGGCUGCAUGCGCGCAACGCUCGAACGUUCGGCUCCUCGUGGCCCCUGCUGUGCUGCGCACUCGCCAGCAAGAGGCUGCUUAACCACGUUGUCUCCUUCUCUGUGGGUGCUCCUCUCCCCCAGUGGACCACCAGCGUGCGCUGGCUGCUCUCCCGCUCUCCCGGCCUCCCCUCCAUCCGCCUCUCCUUCUCCCACCCCUCCCUCAUCCCCCUCAUCCGCCGCUCCUUCACUCUCCCCUCCUCUCCAGCCUCCUCCUCCCUCUCAUCCCUGCAACUAAGCUUGGGUGUUAGAGAGAACUUUACAGAAGAGGAUUACAACCAGAGCGACUGGAAUCUAGGCUUUCUCAAACACUGCUCCUCCUUCCACUCCCUCACACUCGGGCGUGGGGCCUGGCGCUUGGCCCUGGCUGCCAUUUCCCCUCAGCUGCACGAGUUCUUGUUCUGCGAGCCGUGGAAGCUGGAGGAGGAGGGAGGGGAGGACUGCAAAGGACUGGUGCUGCUGGCGCUCGAGUUCCCCAGGGCUCGCCGCCUCUCCUUCCGCUUCCUCACCCACGAGCUCAAGCUGAAACUCGCCCUUUCCCACGACUCCCUCACCUCCUUCUCAGCCUGCGCCCAGUCUCUCACUCUUUCCUGCCGCUCCGCCCGUCCGCUCGCGUUGACCCAGCUGUUGCUGUUUGGGGAGGAACGAAUCCAUAUUGCUUCUUUCAAGGUUGCCUCUGUCCGUGCGCUUUACCUCAAUGGUCCGAUUAACCUGCUGCCUCCACGCCCACACCGCAUCCCAGCUGACGUUCGGAAAGCCAUGGAGAUUUGUGGUGACUCCUUUAUGUAUCUUCCGCCGCCGCAGCCUUUUGCAUGGGCAGACUGGCUGCAAGUAUUCGCGCCAUCGGUGGAGCUGCUUAUAGCGAGGCAUGACAUUGACCUUGAAACUUGCAGGUUCCCCUGGCCACAGCUACAGAGCCUCGGGAUUGUCGUGGCGAGCGAUUACGAUGUGGUGAACCCAGUGCGAGGGGAGAUGGCGGUGGAAGAUGUGAAGAGAGCAGAUGGGGAUGAGAUGAUCAAGUGGACGAGAGCGCAGAGAAGGAAGGAGCAGGUGUUCGGGUUCGAGACAUGUCGCUCCUCCAUCGACAGGCAAGAUCUUACAGGAGGACCAGCUAGUAUGCGUCAACAUGCAAGCGUCGUGUUACUUAUCUUUUUCCUCGAAGUCAUAUUCUUGCGUGGAGAAAUGGCCGAAACACAAUGGUCAAAGGCAAUUCGUGAUCUGGUGCAGUGCGCAGACGGAUUCGCAGGCAAAGUCACUGGCGGGCAUUCUGGUCCUUUCUUUUGGGUCACGACUCUUUCGGAUUCUGGACCUGGUAGUUUGAGGGAGGGAGCAACAAUUCACGGCUCGCGCUGGAUACUGUUUAACGUUUCUGGAACGAUUUGCCUCUCUAGCCCAGUUGGUGUUGCCUCCAACAAGACAAUAGACGGCCGUGGUCAACGCGUCGUCGUCUCGUGCAAUGGUCUUCAUAUCAGACAUGGUGCUCAGAACAUCAUCAUCAAUAACCUUAUUUUCUGGAGAGGUGGAGAAGAUGCCAUUCAGCUGAAGUACGGGGCACAGCGAGUUUGGGUCAACCAUGUGAGCAUUGGAAGAUGGGGAGAUGGCGCGAUUGAUGUAACACGUGGCUCUACAAACGUCACAAUAUCACGAUGCCUCUUUCAUCACCACAACAAAGUUAUGCUUGUUGGUUCACAGACGGAUGCUGAAGAAUCCAAAGACCAUCCUGUGAAUCUUCAUGUCAGCAUUCAUACUAAUUGGUUCGCUGGAACCGUUCAGCGCCAUCCUCGAGUUGUUGCAGGAUUGGUUCACGUAUAUAAUAAUGUCUUCCAGCAUUGGGGACUGUAUGGAGUUGGUAGUACCUGCCAUGCCCAGAUAGCCAUGGAGAGCAACAUUUUCCUCGCAGGCAGGUCAUUUUCGGGUGCUAGAAUAUUUGAUCGUCUGGAUUGGCCCAGUAAUUUUGGAAGAACCCGGUCUGUUGGAGAUUUACUUAUUGAUGCAGCACAUCUUCACGAGUACGAUCCAGAUCAUGUAUUCAACCCCCAAGAAUUCUACAAUUAUUCUGCAGCUGAAGCUACUCUGGACUUGAUGGUUGAUGUAGCCAGUAAUGCUGGUUGGCAUGAUGUACGUCUUUCGUCUGAGGCCAUCAAAAGGUGUUAA